CGUCUGACCCGUUUGGUUCAGCCGGGAGCGGGAUCGGUUGUAUGAAAGGUCCCGGUACCGAACUCCUCUCCUGCCCCGCCCCCUCCGGAACCGAUCAGGCGGGAGUUUGUCAGUGUUGGGUUCACAAACGGCGUUGAGACGGGAGCAGAACCGGAGCCGGUACCGGUACCGGUACCGCCGGGAUGAGCUGGGAUCGGCUGCAGCUGAAGCCGCAGAUCAUCUCCGCCGUGCAGAGAGCCCAGCUGAGGUCCGCUCAGGAGGUUCUGUGUGUGUCUGGGCCGGACCUGCAGAAGGUGACCGGACUGUCCCGAUCAGACGUCCAGGACCUGCUGCACGCCGCCGCCGCCGCCUGCAGGGCCCGGCUGCCGGUCACAGCCCUUCAGCUCCAGCGGGGCGAGUGCCACAGGUUAGAGUCCGGCCUCCGGCUCGGUACCGGCUGUCCGGUUCUGGACGGGCUGCUGCGGGGCGGCCUGCCUGUAGGGGGCGUCACUGAGCUGUCAGGAGAGAGCGGAGCGGGGAAGACGCAGCUCGGCCUGCAGCUCAGCCUGUCGGUGCAAUACCCCGUGGAGCAUGGAGGCCUGAGCGCAGGUCAGGAAUCCACGCCGCCAGCUGGACCGCCGGACGCUACAGGAGCGAUGUACAUCUGCACCGAGGACCCGUUCCCCAUCAAGCGCCUGCAGCAGCUGAUCUCAGAACAGCGUGUCCUGCGCUCUGAUGUCCCUCCCUCUGUGAUCGGCGGCCUCCGGUUCAGUGAUCACAUCUACGUGGAACACACAGCCGACCUGGACUCUCUGCAGGUGUGUUUGUCGCGCCGCGCCCCCCUCCUGCUGGCUCAGGGUCUCGUCCGUCUCGUCGUGGUUGACUCGGUGGCGGCUCUCUUCAGGUCGGAGUUCCAGGCAGAUGAUUGGUUAGAGAGAAACAAACAGCUGCUCACCUUCGCCUCCAUGUUGCACCACCUCAGCCAGGAAUUCACCACACCUGUACUCUGCAUCAACCAGGUCACGGAUGUGUUUAACCAGUCUUCCAGCAGUGUGAGCUCUUCGUCCUCCUCCGUGUCCCCGGCGCUGGGUCUGGCCUGGGCCAAUCAGGUCACGGUCAGACUGAUGAUGCAACGCCUCCAGGGCACGGUCGUCCGCGGCGACCAGAGCAGCGCCCUGCGCAGGUUGGAGGUGGUGUUUGCUCCUCACCUGGCCCGCGGUGGUCGAGACGUCGGCGUUUGGAGGGAGGGGCUCCGAGGCGUCCUGGACCCUGCCUGACUAGACGGUUCUGAGGACCCAACGACUGAGGAUGGAAGUUCUGCUCUGAGUCUGUUUUGGGUUCAGCUUAAAAACCAGAGCUGUGGGUUGAUGCUGGUCAUAAAGACUCUGACUGUGGUAAUCCCAGAGGUGGAGUUCUGGGUAUGAACUCCUCUGGUUUAACGCUGUCCUGUUCUGGAGCUGUGAACCUCUCCACUGGGCCGGACUUCAUUUGGACCAGGACUCUCCUGCAGCGCCUGAACUGAUGCAGAGAGCUGCAGCUCUAACCAGGCCCACUGAACGGUUCCAUGCUGUGAUGUUUCUGCAGGGUCCCAUUGAUGUUCUGUAUCAUGCAAAUCAUUAAAGCUGGUUUGUGCAACACUCUA